AUGACAAUCCUCCCUCAGUUGACAGCUCUGCCUUUGUGGCCUAACAAUUCGGAGUCGCAUUCCGAUCUCAACGCUGCCGGAGUCUUCGUCGGCCGUCGUAAACCGUUGUACGUGAUCCGCAAUUUGAAUGUCUUUGUGGUUAACAAGGAGAUAUUGAAAAUGAUCUUCAGGCUGAAAGACAGGUUUGGUUUAUUGACCAUGCAUACCCCUAUUCGGAGGUGCCUGCAAGCGUUAACCCGCACAUCACAACCAACAUUAUCUCUCUUCAAAGACCCGUCAUCUCUUCGCUCACUCUCUGUGGCUGCGUUUCCUAAUCACGACAGUUCGUCACCCCUUCCCAUUUUCACCAAUUCCAAACCCACAUCUGCUUUUGGACAAUGGUAUCACCCACGCUAUUUCUCUUCUUCCAAACAAGACAAUCACAUAAAAAAAGAAGAUAUACAGGAAGAAGUAGAAGAUGAAGACGGCAGCGAUGACGGUGAUUAUGACGACGAAGAGGAAGAUUAUGAAGAUGAUGAUGAUGAUUGUGUUUCUGUAUCAAGUAAAAAAAAGGUGUACACAGCAGAGGAGAAGGAAGCAGAAGCAACAGCUAUUGGAUACAAAGUGGUGGGGCCCCUACAAAAGGACGACCAGGUUUUUAAGCCAUAUGAGCCCGCUUUUGCCGUUGUUCAGAUUGGUUCUCAUCAGUUUAAAGUGAGCAAUGGGGACAGCAUUUUCACAGAAAGAUUGAAAUUUUGUGAAGUGAAUGACAAGUUGAUUCUGAAUAAAGUUCUGUUGCUUGGAUCUGCUAGUCAGACAAUUGUUGGCAGACCAAUAGUGCCGGAUGCAGCUGUUCAUGCUGUUGUUGAGGAGCAUGUAAGUGUAGAAUUAUCAGUUUCAAAUAAAUUUGAUAUGCAUAAUGCCUUCUCAUUUUGA